AUGUGCAGAUUAGGUGUUUCUAUCACGUUGGUGCUUCUGAACAAAUGGGUGAUGAAGUCCUGGAGAGGUGGCCUCAACUUUCCACUCUUCUACACGAUGAGUCACAUGAUCUUGAAGGGUUUCUUCUCCUUCCUUUACCUGGCGUUGAGCUGUCAUCCGCCCGGCAAACAGAGGCGUUCGGUUUGCUGCGGCGUAUCCCUGGUCGGGGUCAUGACUGCACUGGAUGUGGCAGCGUCAAACAUGAGCUUCCUCUUCAUUACCGUGGCAUUCUACACGAUGCUGAAGUCGGCCUCCUUGAUCUUUAUCCUGGUCUUGGGUGCGAUCCUGCGCAUCGAGCAAUGCUCUGCCGGUAUCGCAGCAACCGUGCUAUUGAUUUCGGUCGGGAUUUUCAUCACGUCCUAUGGCGAGACCGACUUUGACUUGCGUGGCUUCUGGCUGGUGCUGGGCUCAGAAGUUUUCGCUGCCUUGCGCUGGCUAGCAACGCAGAGGACACUCCAAUCAAGUGGAUUGACGGCUAUGCAGACAGUUUUCUACAUGUCGCCUGCAUCGUCGCUGACUUUGGCCCCUAUCGUAUGGGUGAGAGAGAAGGACAAGUUGCAGAUCUUAGCAGACCCUGACACGGCUGGGCAGUAUUUUCUUUUGGUACUUCUGCCAGGUUUCCUUGCCUUCUUACUCCUCCUCGUAGAGGUACACCUCGUGAAGGUCACGUCAUCCCUGACCCUGGCGGUGUUCGGCAAUCUGAAGUCCAUCGUCACAAUCCUCUUUUCCAUCUUCGUCUUCGGCGAGAAGACAACCGCCCUGCAGUGGAGCGGACUGCUCCUGGCGCUUGCUGGAAUGCUCAUCUACGCACGGCUGAAGAACAGGUCCGUGGCAGUGGACUCCCUGGCAUCCCUGCGAUACGAACUCCUUCCGACAGAUGUCGAGGACGCUGAUGAAGACAGUCAGCCAGUUCCAGGGGACAAGCGUGCAACAGAGAGCCCUCAGGUGGAGAGCAAUCAGUGCAGCAGUGAUGCUUCUCCCCAGGCCUCGUCAGGACGAAGCCCUACAAUGCUUGGCGUCGCCGCUGACCAAAGCUCCGGAGGCUUGGAGAACUUCGCUUCUUUCGAGGAGAUGGCGACCGCUAAUGUCGAAGGGGAGUCAGCAAGCAGUCGCCAAUAG